AUGAUGCUUAAUCAGACAGUGAUCUUCUUCCUUCUUUGGGUGAUCAUAGCACUUGUAGUCGAAAUUACUUUGGCCGGAAAGAUCACAGUUUCUGAUAUCCAUGAGCAGAAAAUCGAACAACGGUUGAACCAACUCAACAAACCCGCCGUUAAAUCUAUCCAUAGUCCAGAUGGAGAUAUAAUCGAUUGUGUAUGGAUCUAUCACCAACCAGCUUUUGAUCAUCCUUUACUCAAAAACCACACCAUUCAGAUGAGGCCGAAAAGUGACUCGACAAGGGACAAAACUGGAGGUAACAAGACAGACAUUAUCCAUCAAUUGUGGCGCACGAAAGGUGAAUGUCCUAAGAACACUAUUCCCAUCAGAAGAAGAACAAGAGAUGAUCUUCUAAGAUCAGAUUCCAUCAAAACUCAUGGAAGAAAGAACCCACCAACCAUUUCUCCAACUACUUAUCACCUCCCCGAUGAUCAGACAGAAGUUCAUGAGCAUGCGAGUGUGUACCUGGACUAUGGUGAAUACCAUGGCAGCAAGAGCCGUAUAAGUAUAUGGAGACCAGACGUUAAUAUGACCGAGUUUAGUUUGGCUCAAACAUGGGUCGUCGGUGGAGAUUGGGACACUGUUUUGAACACUGUGGAGUCUGGUUGGCAGAUCCUACAUUCUAUGUACGGUGACAAUAAUACAAGACUUUUCGCCUUUUGGACGAGCGAUUCAUAUGGAGACAACAGCUGCUACAAUCUUGACUGUCCAGGCUUUGUUCAAGUGAAUAAAGAUAUUGCCCUUGGUGCAGCCCUCAACACUAUCUCGACCUACAAUGGUAACCAAUAUGAUUUCCUUCUAACUAUUGAGAAGGAACAAGAUACCGGACUUUGGUGGCUUAAGUUUGAUACUCAUCUAGUCGGAUACUGGCCAAGCUUUCUAGUCCCGAAGCUAGCAGACUCAGCACGGAUGAUCGCUUGGGGAGGUGAAAUUGUGUAUGAUGCUAGUGGCCAAAAUGAACAUACGCUUACGCAAAUGGGGAGUGGCCAUUUCGCGGAAGAAGGGUUUAAGAAGGCGGCUUAUAUCAAUAACAUAGAGUACAUCGAUAAAUCUAAUCAUCCGAUCAAACCCUUUCCUCAAAAUCUUGAAGCUUCUGUUACUCGGCCUGAAUGCUAUAACCUCAAGGUUGGCUCUAGCCGAAGAUGGGGAACUUACAUUUUCUAUGGUGGACCUGGACGUAACCCUCAAUGCCUAUGAAAAGUGACAUGAUUUUUCGAAAUUUAUUUAGAAAAUGUUUGGGACAACCCUUGUGAUUGAACUGAAUAGCGUUCUAAAGAUGUAAACUUUUUAAGACUAAUAAAUGGUUUUGCAUUUGAGAU